AAGAAAGGAAGUUACUUUUAAUUAAUUAAUUAAGGAAGUAAACAAACAAUUAAUAAAUUAAUUAAUUUGAUUGGAAUUGGAAUUGGUUGUGUUUGUACAUUACCAUGUAGAGUUUGUCCAUUUGCAUUUUAAUUUAUUUUGUGUUAGCAAAUUUCUAGCCAUAAAAAGGAGGUUACUUUAUCUUAGUUAUUUUCGGUCUCAUAUUCAGUUUCACUUUAUGCUUUUUUUGUGAAUUCACUCACACAUGGCUCUUGAUUUUCGAUUCCCUUUUUGAAAACAAUUCACUUAAAAUAUAUAAAGUUAUAAAAGAAAAACUAACAAAUUUAUACUACAGAAAUUAAUAAGUCAUUUUAUUUCUGGUUCACAGUGGUUCUGUAAGUUUACAUCAAAGCAGUAUUUCAAAUUAUAUGUUUACUUCCCGUUAAAUUUUUCAUAGUUUUGUUUUAAAUAGCUUUUUGCACCUCUUUGGGAAUUUCUUUAUGUACUUGAUUAACAAUAGAUUAUUUUUGUUUUUAAUAUAGGGAUUCCUAAAGCUGUGGUGUCCAUAAAACCUUAUAAACAUGUGUUCACUUGUGAGAAAGUUACUCUCAGAUGUGACGCACAGGGAGGAGGAAGCUCUGAGUGGACUUACAGUUGGGAGAAGAAUAAAGCCAAACUUUAUACAAGUGGAGAUAGAUUCAGUGCAGACCGCACAAUGCAGGAGGUCAGUAUCAGUUGUGUUAUACAAUCUGACAGUGGUGACUACACCUGCAGAGGACAGAGGAGUGACUCUCAGAGCUCAGAGAUCAGUGGUGCUGUGACACUGACUGUAUCAGAGACACCACAGCCAGUACUGAGUAUAUCUCCACAGAGCUGGCUGACUGAAGGCAACUCAGUGACUCUAAACUGUGAGGUUACAGACUCCUCUACAGACUGGAAAUUCAGCUGGUACAGAGAUGUUCCAUACAGAGACAAUGAUGGCCGUAUCAUCUAUAGAGCGGUGCUCCUCUCAGACAGCAGCAGAGGAUCUGGAGGUUUCUACACUCUCAGCCCUGCUGCUGUUAAUCACACUGGAGUUUAUGUGUGCAGAGGAGGGAGAGGAGAACGAGCCUUUUACACACAUUACAGCAACCUACAGACACUAUGGAUCACUGGUGAAUCUCCUCCAGUCUCUCUGAUCAUCAAUCCCAACAGAACUCAACACUUUACUGAUGACUCUCUCUCACUGAACUGUGAGGGCCAGAGUAACUCUACUGGAUUGACAAUGAGACGAUACACACAGAAACUUGGGGUGUCAGUUUGUACACAGUUGGGAUCAGUUACAGGAUCUACAUGUAAUAUCAGCUCCCUCUCCACAUCCGACACUGGAGUUUACUGGUGUGAGUCUGAAUCUGGAGAAAACAGUAAUCCUGUCAACAUCACAGUGCAUGGUGAGUCUUCAUGUAGUGUGUUUAUUGUUAAAGGAAAAGGGAAAUGUAGUUUGAGGUAA